UGAUCUUGCUCCCCAGGUGGCAUGGUCACGUGACACCAGGAAGAUGGCCGCCGUGACUACCGAGGAUUUUGCAGCGCUGCAGAUCUUGCUAAAGGCCUCCUCAAAAGAUGCUGUCAGACAGCUAUGUCAGGAGAGCUUUUCCAGUUCAGCCCUCGGCUCAAAAGAACUCGUGGCUAUGACGUGUUCCAGCUUGGCUGUGACGCAGGAGGAGGCAGAGCACCUACUCCAAGCUCUGCACCGCCUCACCAGGCUGGUGACCUUCCGGGACCUGUCCUCUGCCGAGGCGAUUCUGGCUCUCUUUCCAGAAAAUUUCCACCAGAACCUCAAAAACCUGCUGACAAAAAUCAUCCUGGAACAUGUGUCUACCUGGAGAACUGAAGCCCAAGCAAGGCAAAUCUCUCUGCCACGCCUAGUUGACCUGGACUGGAGAGUAGAUAUCAAAACCUCCUCGGACAGCAUCAGCCGCAUGGCCAUUCCGACCUGCCUGCUCCAGUUGAAGAUCCAGGAGGAUCCCAGUCUAUGCCGGGACAAGCCCUGCACCUCCGCUGUGACCGUGGAACUGAGCAAAGAAACGCUGGACACUAUGUUAGAUGGACUGGGCCGCAUUCGAGACCAGCUUUCUGCUGUGGCCAAUAAAUGAACCAGCCAGCUGCCAGUUUUGCUCCCAUGUCCCGGCCAGUGUCAGUGACGAAGCAGUGAAGCACCUCCCCUUGAGGCCACAGCUCAGCUGACAGGGCAGUGGGAUGGAGGACUUGCUGUGCCACAGGCACAGGCAGACAGGGGGACGCAGCCAGACCUUUGCCGUUCUCUCCCUUUUUCUCAAGCUGAUGAACAGAAGCCUCCAUCUUUGAAAGGUUCCUGGGCAUAGGCCAAUCACUGCUGUGCAAGAUAAGGAACUCGUGCUCCAUCAGCUGCCUCUGCAGGGCUGCCACAGAUUGAGGCCCACGCUGUGGAGCUUCCCUAAUGAGUUCAUCUUCACCAUUACCUCUCAUGAGUUCAUUUCCAGCCUGGGAACAAAUGGAAGCAAAGGAAUGAGACCAGCUGCUCCUGCGCCUCUCUGUAACAGAGAAGCCAUGCAACUCUCACAGAGCCGGGUCACUGUAACGUGGUCCCUUCCGGGCAUCCCCUGAGCUCCCCACCCUGCUGGACCAUCUCCCCAGCUUGGGAAAUGUGAGUCACUCUUGGGAGAGGAUGUGAGAGCACUGUAAUUGGAAAUAAAUAACAGUUUAUGA